GAAAACUACUUUUAGAAAACUAUAACUAAGGUCUAGACAUCAUGUUUAAAAUACUUGUUUUAGUUCAAGCUCUUAUCCAGGUUAUAACCAGCCAGUGCAUAUGCAGCGACAGAAUCCCUAAUUGGGCCGGUAUAGUUAGCCCUUCAUCACCUGGAGGCUGUUCUGGGUUUCCACCUGUAAACUUGCCAUACGACCAAUAUAACGCAAUAGAUUUUACUUCUUUAUCUGCCUCGGGUUGUGGUCUUCCUAUGACCACGAGAAGUUCUUCGCCAAUUGCACCUGGAGUUCUAUCUAUAACAUCGGAGAAUGUCAUCGAAGGACCGGUUUCCGUGUAUGGGCAGUUGCCUUUCCUAAGUGCUGUUGCGUUCGAAGGAUCCAUACCUACUCAUGGAUAUGGUGGUGUUUCGUAUGGCUGUGGUAAUGGUAAUGUUGGAAUUUUAAGUGAGACUUCUGGCUUUGAAUCUGCAUACGAAGCAUCCGUGAGACCGUAUGAAGUUCCAUCUGUCAGAGGUCUAGAACUUUCUGGCGGAUCAUGUUUGGAAAUUGGAUCAGGCAGGGCAGGUUUUGGACGCGGAGUUGUUCCAGCAUUUCCACCUGCGAGGCCUUGCGGCUGCCAGUAUUGAGACUUAUAACUUCGGUUUUUAUAUGAACUAUUUUAAUUGAAUAAAUAUAUCAUUUAUUGGGAAUAA